AUGGAGUUGCCAAGUGAAUUGGAACAUUAUGGCAGUAGCGUGAGGGAAAUGCAUUUACAACAUAAUAGAAUUCAAACUUUGCCGCCAUGGAUCACGUAUUUAAGGAAUUUGAGUGCACUUUAUUUGGAUAAUAAUAAUUUGCGGGAUAUUCCGGAAGAAAUUGGCACCUUAUCGCACCUGACUGAUCUGAACUUAAGUAGUAACAGUUUGAGCAAACUUCCUCAAGAGAUCAAAUCUUUACACAGUUUGACGAAUUUAAUCAUUACUGAUAAUAACUUGACCAAUUUGCCUGAUUUCACACAGUUACGAUCUCUGCGACGUUUGGACGUGAGUUACAAUGGCAUAAAGUGCCUGCCUCCGAGUGUCGGUGAGCUUCGAAACUUGGAAGAACUUUCCGUCGACAGCAAUCCACUGUUCGAAUUGCCACCUUCCGUGUUUUCCUUACCACGUCUGAGGGAAUUGAGCGCAAAUUGUUGUGAUUUGCGCUGCUUACCAGCAUUACCAUUGGCCGCUGAUCCUCUGCCUAAUAUUAUUUUCAAGCUGAACCCUGCCCUGAAACAUGUACCCUUGACUCUUGAACCUCUAUUUGAUAUCAAUCCACAUAUCAGCACACGAUUUUGGACAUACGAUUCGACAGAAUUUUUCCAUCCAGGACAAAUCCAUGUAAAAGUAGUCAAUACUGAAAAUUUACCAGAAAUCGAUGUUUAUUUAUAUUCGGGUAUCAAACAUGUUUCACAAUAUUUUGCUCCAAAAAUGCCAACAUUGUUCGAAUUGGCCUUGCGGAAAACACAUGCUAUUUUGAGCAAAACCUCUUUCUUUCUGGAUGAGAAUGAAAACUGUGAUGAUGAAGAUUAUAAUGAAUUUUAUGAUAGUGAUUAUGAUGGGGAGGGUCAUUAUUAUGUGAACGGAAAAAGUUUUAUAAAAAUGACUCAUGAAGUAAUGCAUGUUGAGGAACUACCUCUCCAUCUGAGUUCUCAGUUAAAAGAAGGGCCGAAUGCCGUUUGCCACAACUGCAAAAUUGGAUUGUUUGAGUAUGGAGUGCUCUGCUUUUUAAACAG